GCUCGGGGCGGGGCUCCCCUCGGGUUCGCGGCCCAGCCGGUGAGCAACGGCGCUGCGGACCAUGGCGAGCGGCGAGCCUUCCCCCGGCAGCGGCGCGGCCCCGCGGCCGCUGCACUCCGCGCAGGCUGUGGACGUGGCCUCGGCCUCCAACUUCCGGGCCUUUGAGCUGCUGCACUUGCACCUGGACCUGCGGGCUGAGUUCGGGCCUCCAGGGCCCGGCGCAGGGAGCCGGGGACUGAGCGGCACCGCGGUCCUGGACCUGCGCUGCCUGGAGCCUGAGGGCGCCGCCGAGCUGCGGCUGGACUCGCACCCGUGCCUGGAGGUGACGACGGCGGCGCUGCGGCGGGAGCGGCCCGGCUCGGAGGAGACGCCCGCGGAGCCCGUGAGCUUCUACACGCAGCCCUUCUCGCACUAUGGCCAGGCCCUGUGCGUGUCCUUCCCGCAGCCCUGCCGCGCCGCCGAGCGCCUCCAGGUGCUGCUCACCUACCGCGUCGGGGAGGGACCCGGGGUUUGCUGGUUGGCUCCUGAGCAGACAGCAGGAAAGAAGAAGCCCUUCGUGUACACCCAGGGCCAGGCUGUCCUAAACCGGGCCUUCUUCCCUUGCUUCGACACGCCUGCUGUUAAAUACAAGUAUUCAGCUCUUAUUGAGGUCCCAGAUGGCUUCACAGCUGUGAUGAGUGCUAGCACCUGGGAGAAGAGAGGUCCAAAUAAGUUCUUCUUCCAGAUGUGUCAGCCCAUCCCCUCCUAUCUGAUAGCUUUGGCCAUCGGAGAUCUGGUUUCGGCUGAAGUUGGACCCAGGAGCCGGGUGUGGGCUGAGCCCUGCCUGAUUGGUGCUGCCAAGGAGGAGUACAACGGGGUGAUAGAAGAAUUUUUGGCAACAGGAGAGAAGCUUUUUGGACCUUAUGUUUGGGGAAGGUGUGGUAUCACAUUGACUCCAGUGUCUCCUGUUAAACUGAGUCACUGGCUUCCAUUCUUCCUCUUCGUGUGGCUUUUCCACCUCCUGCCUCCCAGAGCAAAGUUUCCCUGAUCCCAGAAGUGAAGGAGAGGAGGAGGAGAGGAGGGUAUGACUUGCUCUUCAUGCCACCGUCCUUUCCAUUUGGAGGAAUGGAGAACCCUUGUCUGACCUUUGUCACCCCCUGCCUGCUAGCUGGGGACCGCUCCUUGGCAGAUGUCAUCAUCCAUGAGAUCUCCCACAGUUGGUUUGGGAACCUGGUCACCAACGCCAACUGGGGUGAAUUCUGGCUCAAUGAAGGUUUCACCAUGUACGCCCAGAGAAGGAUCUCCACCAUCCUCUUUGGCGCUGCGUACACCUGCUUGGAGGCUGCAACGGGGCGGGCUCUGCUGCGUCAGCACAUGGACAUCACUGGAGAGGAAAACCCACUCAACAAGCUCCGCGUGAAGAUUGAACCAGGCGUUGACCCGGACGACACCUAUAAUGAGACCCCCUACGAGAAAGGUUUCUGCUUUGUCUCAUACCUGGCCCACUUGGUGGGUGAUCAGGAUCAGUUUGACAGUUUUCUCAAGGCCUAUGUGCAUGAAUUCAAAUUCCGAAGCAUCUUAGCCGAUGACUUUCUGGACUUCUACUUGGAAUAUUUCCCUGAGCUUAAGAAAAAGAGAGUGGAUAUCAUUCCAGGUUUUGAGUUUGAUCGAUGGCUGAAUACCCCUGGCUGGCCCCCGUACCUCCCUGAUCUCUCCCCUGGGGACUCACUCUUGAAGCCUGCUGAAGAGCUAGCCCAACUGUGGGCAGCCGAGGAGCUGGACUUGAAGGCCAUUGAAGCCGUGGCCAUCUCUCCCUGGAAGACCUACCAGCUGGUCUACUUCCUGGAUAAGAUCCUCCAGAAAUCCCCUCUCCCUCCUGGGAAUGUGAAAAAACUUGGAGAGACAUACCCAAGUAUCUCAAAUGCCCGGAAUGCAGAGCUCCGGCUGCGAUGGGGCCAAAUCGUCCUUAAGAACGACCACCAGGAAGAUUUCUGGAAAGUGAAGGAGUUCCUGCAUAACCAGGGGAAGCAGAAGUAUACACUUCCGCUGUAUCACGCAAUGAUGGGUGGCAGUGAGGUGGCCCAGACCCUCGCCAAGGAGACUUUUGCAUCCACCGCCUCCCAGCUCCACAGCAAUGUUGUCAACUAUGUCCAGCAGAUCGUGGCACCCAAGGGCAGUUAGAGGCUCGUGUGCAUGGCCCCUGCCUCUUCAGGCUCUCCAGGCUUUCAGAAUAAUUGUUUGUUCCCAAAUUCCUGUUCCCUGAUCAACUUCCUGGAGUUUAUAUCCCCUCAGGAUAAUCUAUUCUCUAGCUUAGGUAUCUGUGACUCUUGGGCCUCUGCUCUGGUGGGAACUUAACUUCUCUAUAGCCCACUGAGUCCUGAGACAGAGAACCUGCCCACAGCUCUCCCCGCUACAGGCUGCAGGCACUGCAGGGCAGCGGGUCUUCUCCUCCCCACCUAAGUCUCUGGGAAGAAGUGGAGAGGACUGAUUCUCUUCUUUUUUCUCUUUCUGUCCUUUUUCUUGCUGAUUUUAUGCAAAGGGCUGGCAUUCUGAUUGUUCUUUUUUCGGGUUUAAUCCUUAUUUUAAUAAAGUUUUCAAGCAAAAAUUAA